ACAGAGGAGCGCUCUGGGUGGCAGCCAUUAACGUUAACGAAAUUAAAACAAGCCACAGUUAGUUAAUAUUUGCAACCACAAAUUUUCUGUUUAGUACUGCUUUGAUCUACGAGGGUAACAUUUGAUCUGUGAGGGAAAUGGGCAGGAGCAGGAGCCGAACUCCCCAAAGACGAGAGAGAAGACGUUCCCGCUCAACAUCACGGGAGCGUGACCGAAGGCGAAGGGAGAGGGAACGCUCUCGUUCUCGAGAUCGCGACCGAGACAGGCGCAGAAGUCGCUCACGGUCUCCUCACAGGAGGCGUUCGAGGUCUCCUGCUAGACGUCAUCGCUCCUCCUCCCUCUCUCCUGUGAGACAGAAAGACAGACGUGAGGAUGAACGUAAAGAGGUUAAGGAAAAGACAGCAAAGCCCAUUCAGAUUUCAGCGGAGGACAUGCAGGGCAAAACGGAAGAGGAAAUCGAGAUGAUGAAACUGAUGGGAUUUGGCUCCUUUGAUACCACUAAGGGGAAGAAAACGGACGGAUCAGUAAAUGCAUAUGCUGUCAAUGUGACCAUGAAGAGGAAAUACAGGCAGUACAUGAACAGAAAAGGUGGAUUCAACAGACCACUGGACUUCAUUGCUUGAAAGUAUCAGCAACUCAUUGUGAUACCCAAGAAACGUACCUCUGUCCUCCUCUCACAGUGGAUGAUAUUAUGUUAUUUCUUGUUAUUUCUAACUUUUGUGUGCAGCAACAAUUCUGUAUAUACCUAUUUACAAGUAAACACACAAAUGUAAAUAACAGUGCUUGCAGAAGACCACACCUGAGUAUUUGGGGCGAGACCCUGUGUGGAUACAGUUCAUGGAGUUUUAUGUUGUUGUUUUAUUUGAAAUAAAAGCCUUUAAAAUGUG